AUGGCUAGCGGGUUCCAAUUAGGGUGGUACCGGUGGCUACCGUUUCUGGGCUAUCACCAUGUGUUGAUGAUUCUCAUCAUGAUCACAAUUAUUCUACUAUCUCUCCUCCUAGCAGGCUGCUCGUCCUCAUCACCCCUCAUCCCCGAUAUCUUCUUGUUGUCGCUCUACUACGAAAGCUACCAAGCCAUCCCCGACACCUCGCAAGUGCACUACGACGUCCAUACCGCGCUUAGCAACAUCGUCGACGGCGCCCGUCUCCAGGCGCGCGUCGGCUACUUUGGUAUCUGCGUUAAUCCCGAUGGCGGAUCGUGGCUGUGCAGCAACAAUGCAACAACGCUAGCCAACGAGAUCUCAGUUGAUCAGGAUCCGUUGAACUUAGUUUGGUUGGCUGCGCAGUUUAAGGAUAUGAUUGUGUUUCCGUAUUUGAUCAUCAUCGCAAUCAUCUUCGCCUUCAUCUGCCUCCUCCUCCUCGCCACUUUCCCCGGCUGGCACGAAGAGGAAGACUCGGAAGGUUCCGAGCGCGAAGUCAAGCCAUUUCCCUCACGGCCCGUCAGCCAGGUCGCCCUCGUCAUCAUUUUCAUCGCCACCAUUUUCGUCCUGGUCUCAGUACUUUGGCAGCACACGGCGUCGGUAGCGGCAUCCGUCAUUGCCCAAGAUUUCGGUAAUGGGAGCGUCAUGGCCGGUGUCGGUUCAUCAGCCAUGGUGAUGGGCUGGUUCAGCUUUACCUUGUUGAUCAUUGUCACGAUUGGUUUGCUGGUCAUGAUAUUGAGUAUGAGAGUGCUGAGGGAGAUCAUGGCCUAA